AUGUACGUAUGCGUUUGCUGUGGUGACGAUGCCCCAAGCCUCUACACAAUUUACAGUUCGGAGAUCAUAAAUUGUCAGUCUUGUAAACGUUGUGGGAAGAUCGUGGACAAAUACGUGGAAUAUGACAUUGCGAUCAUCAUAAUCGACUUGCUCGUCUCUCCCAUGUGGGUUCUCCCUGUACUUGUGUGCGUCCUUGCUCUCCGCGGUGUAAAUUGUGUCAAUUAUCAAGUCUCUGCAAAGUUGUUUUCUUCAUGGAAAGAAACGCCUUUACUGUCAGAGGCUGGAGCUUUCCUUGCGCAGAAAAGUGUGAACCACUUUUGGGACUUUCUCAAUAAGCUAGAGCCGCUUGUCCACAAGGGCGACAAAGAACUCUUCUCAAAUGAAACACGCCUCAGUCAAGUGGCCCUGAUGCGUCUAGAGGAUCUCGUCAUGGAAAUCUUGAAUUUUCCAGCUGACAACGAUGGCAUUCGGGAACUUCAAAGGCAAUUAUUUCGAUUGUCGCUUUCAUCGCGUACAUUUUCGCCGGCCGUCCAAAUGGCAAAUCACUUAGGCAACGUGGGACAUCUCAUAGUUCAUCCUGAAGGUGACAUGAACCUCGUGACGGAUGCCAACAGCGUUAAUACAGCCCAUUUAUCCUCUCCCUGCCCAAACAGUUCCUCAUGGGCUCAAGUAGGAUCUUCAUUCGCAUGUACCUUAAACGACUUGGAAAGGCUACUCACUCUCGAGUCGAAAAAAUGUUCUCCGGAAUGCUCAUUCGCCCAUAUGGACACUGUUUUACUUUCCGACUGCGUGUACCUUUCCACCACUGCCCGUGAUAAGCAAAAAAGUCUUCCAAGGAUUAUAUUGAAUGGCGACAUUCGGACUAAGGAAUUCUAUAUGUGGCACGCCGAAGCCAAAUCCCUUGCCUCUGCUGGCCGUUGUAUCUAUAUCUUUCGGCACUUCAUUAAGGCCGUCUACAGGAUUGUCCUCGCCCUCUACCCCAAAGAUGUGGAGUUAGAGCUGGAGAGCUGUGAACGACUAAGCGUUGCUUCGAUUUCUAAAGCUUCAGAAGUUAAGGAUUCUACUUCCGACAAUGCUACGGGUGCUGAUAUCCCUACUGCCUCGGAUUCGCCAGCGGCGGAUUCCAACUCCACCCGACAACACUCUCAAAAUCCCGAUUUUCCUUCGACCUCUCCUGAAAUUCGCCCAUUAAAGGCUUGGCAGAUGCGAGACCUCGGAUUACAAGCGAUACAGUCCAUCGCUAACGCCGUUUCGCAGUCGGAUGGUUCCACUACUGGUCGGGCCGGCCUCCUGGCUCUGAGAGAUAUCAGCCGCAAUUUUCCGUCACGAGCCUACGAACUGUCUCAACUCGUAGUUACUCCUGAACUCCGGUCUGAAGUGAAGUAUAAUCAAGAGAUUCUUACCGAAAGGUAUGAAGUCACGCCGGGCAGCAGUCUGUUCCUGUUGAACGGUUUGGCCCUUUCGCCCUCUAUCGAUAUUUUUGCUCUGCUGGAUAUUCUGCGCUCGGAGAGCUACCUGCUGAGCCAUUUGUGGGGUCUCGAUCUGCCGACCCACGAAGCCACAAAUCUGCUUCAUUCAACUGCCAGGGCAGAUAGCCCCUCGCUAGCCGCCUUUGGAGAGAGUUUCAAGCACAGCCUGACUGGCCAAUACUUGCUGAAUCUCGCUUCUGCCCCAGUCAUCUACCUGAAUGAUCUUGAGACAAAUCCUGGCUACAACAGAUGGCCACGCACCUUGCGUGCGCUCUUUAUGCCCUCUUACAUGGGGGCGAUUCGUCAGGUGGGAAAAAAUGUGCUAAAUCUUGUUCUCGUCCUUGAUCCAGCCGAACCGCGCUGCAUGGAAAUUCUAAGACUGACAGAGGCCUUCGUCCUCCAGGGAGUCGCUAUUCGCAUCGGCAUUUUGUGGGCUGUGGAUCCAAAAGUCGAAUCUGUAGGACUGGAUCUUGCCCGCGCUUUUACUUACCUGGAGAAGACGGUUGAGGAGUACCCGAGGAAUAGCAGGUCCUCCUCCCAAAUGGGUAAUCCCGGCGCAAUGACCGGCCUUAAUUUUCUCACGGACGUUUACGCCAAAGUCAAGAACAUGGAGAGCUCUACUGUUCUGAGCCAAAAGCUUGUUCGCGAAGAGUUUGAGCACAGCUUUCCGGACUUCUACUCUGAGGAUGUCUUCGGGAGCCCCGGCACUCCAACUGCCAACGAUGAGAUAAUUAAGACUCAUAGGCUUUUCCUACAAAGUAGUGGUAUACUUUCUUCAAUUGGCGCGCCUCCUGCUCUACUCAUGAAUGGGAUGUUGUUGGAUGCUGAGGGGAUUGCCAAACUGGGUGGCUUCGAGGAUGCGGUAGUGACCGCAGCCAUGGAACAGACCGUGUACUUCCAACACGCGAUGCUAGGAGGUCGUUUCGCUGAUCCUGACAGUUCGGCCGAUUUAUUCGCCAAAGAUGGCUUGCUGACCACGCGAUGCAACCGCCGUCUUCUCACUGCGGCUCCACCUUCUGUGAACAAGUUCUCUGUUGGUGAUUCCACCUUCGACACCGACGUUCCGGCCUUUCUGCCCUUUGGCAGUUUAAGGGACACAUUGAAGAAGGAUCGUUUGGACUCUCUAUCUCCCGGCCAGAUAACAAGCCUGUUGGCUGAUCACAUGCGCUAUUUGCAAAAGGGUGGUAAGUGGAAGUGGUUUCGUUCAUAA